GCAAACUUUGAUACAUUAACUCCAGUUUCAAAUCUAACUUCCGCUAUGGAAACAAUGCACAUUUUAGCGACAUAUGCUGAUGUUUGUGCCAAAAUAAAAGAACAUGAGUUAUUGCACUCUGUUGGUUAUGUUGUAGGUUUUACAAGAAGUAUGGAAAAAAGCUUUGAAGAAAAAUUAAAGGAAAAUCACAGAGCAUUUUUUGAGGAUAAAGACGUUUCUUACACUGGAGUACCAUUCAUUGUUUCAUCAAAUGGUACACUUGACUGUCACCAUGGCAAAGAUAAAAAUAGUAAAGCUAAAGCUCUGUACAAAAUUAAAAAUAAUACAGAAGCAAGUUCAGAUCAUUCUUUCAACAAAAAAAAGAAUGAUUCCACAAAUUACCAAGAAGUUUGAUUGUCCCGCCAAAAUUUUUAUCAAAGAAAUCAUUGAAUUUCCUGAGUUUAAGCUGGAUCGAGAUUCUACCAGGAUCAGGAAAGAAGUUUCAAAAAAAUUACGUUCAGCUUUGACUUUAAAACAAACAGUUUUAAUGUGCAGAAAAUAUAUUUUGGUAAUUCCUGCAAUAUCUGCUCAUAAUAACCAUCUAAUUGGUGAUGCCGCAGGUCUUAAUCAACCUUUAUGUGAAGAACUUAUUUUAAAAAUUGGUGAGUUGGUCAGAACGGGUGUCAGUUCUGUUAUUGAAAUGAGACAUCAUCUAAAGACCUUUCUUCAGAUGGAAUUUAAUUCUAAUAACAUGCUGCAGAAGACAAAAAAACGAUUUUUCCCAAGUGAUAAGACCAUUGCAAAUCACAUGUUGAUAGCUAGACGAAAACUUCGCAAAUCCAUAAUAGAUCAAGAAUGUCUUUGGGAAAAAAUAAAUGAUUGGAAAAUUAAUUUUCAAGAUGCAAUGAUAAAAUUUAGACCAAAGGGAGGUAAUUCAGAAGAUAACGAUCUUAAAAAUUCUUUGUUGUUUGUAUAUCAAGAUAUAUGGCAAAGAAAAUUACUAUCAAGAUAUGGGAAUGAGCUUGCUUUUCUUGAUGCUACAUACCAAACAACCAGAUAUGCACUACCUCUUUUUUUCCUCGUUGUUAAAACUAACAUUAAUUACCAAAUUGUUGCUAUAUUUGUGUGUAAACUUGAAACCACCGAAUCUAUUAAAGAAGCACUUAUGUGCAUCAAAGAAUGGAAUCCUUUAUUUCAACCAAAGUUUUUUUUUACUGAUUAUUCUAAUGAAGAAAUAAAUUCACUUGAAUCUGUGUUUUCAGGUUUUACAGUGUUUAUUUGUGAUUUUCAUCGAGAACAAGCUUGGGAACAAUGGCUGUCUAAAACUGCUAAUGGAUGUUGCAUGGUGAAAGAUGUAGUUAAAGAUAAGCUUUGUGAAAUUGCACAUGCAAAAACAAUUGAGACUUGCCAAAAAGCUGUUGAGGCAUUGGAGGAAUCAAAAGAGUGGCAAAACAACCCAAAACUUGUAGAAUAUUUGAAAAGCAGUUGGCUAUGCAUUCAAAAGAAAGAUCGUAUCUUGUUGGAUGUCAACACCAACAAUGGAACUGAAAGACAGAACCUAUCUUUCAAAUACAGUUUUUUAGAAAAAAAAGAGUUUUCUCUAACAACUAUGCUUAGUAUUUGCAUAGAAGAAUUUCUUCCUCACAAAUACGACAAUUAUUGUGAUGAAAAUAGAAGAGCGCAUUCCUCAUAUAGAAAAUAUGAUGAUAAAGUUCCAGCAUAUUUGAUUGAUCGUCCAUCAUCUUUGGUCAAACAUUGUAUGGCAUUGAUUGAAAAAUUACAAGGUGUGGAUUUGCGGGGCAUAACUGCUGUGACAGACAAAUUAUACAAUGUAGCUACUUUUAAUUCAAAUAGUAUAGAGAUUUACCAAUGCUACCUUGGUGAUUCUGAAUGUCUGCCAGCUUGUUCUUGUCCUAGUUGGUUUUGUACCUCAUAUCCAUGUAAACACUUUCUUGCCAUUUUUCUAAAAGAGAAUCUCUCUUGGUCUGCAUUUGGCACUGCAUAUGCAAAUUCUCCUUAUUUCAAGCUGGAUUUAUUUUCAGAUGAAAAUAGUUUAGCUCAUUCCAAUAAGAGUGACAAGGAAGUUCAAAAUUUUAAUUAUGUCCAUGUAAAUAGUAGUCAGGGUUUGAUUGCUAAAAACUACAGUAAUCAUACCUCUGCAAGCUGCCGUGAGCUCUUAAAUGAAAUUAAACAAAUGAGUUACUUAUGUGACUCUCAACAAGCUACUGAUAAUUUGUUUGAAGGGCUUUGUCAACUUAAAAUACAUUUAGCAGAAAGUCUUCCAGUAGAACAAGGAAUUCUGCUGCGUCCAGAGAUUCAACCUGAUACUUGGAAUAAGUCACACACAAAUUCACGAAAACUUAGUCUUCACCCUGUGCGGCGUAAAAAAAAAAAGACUAAGCGUGUUGGUGUUAAAUAUGACAAAUAUAAAGCAGCUGCUGAUAUUAGUGUGAUGGCUGAAAAGGAAAGUUAUAGUUCUGAAAUUGUCACAAGUCACUCAAUUGAUGAAAACUAUGAAAUUUUUAUGGUUCCUAAUGAAUCAAUUGAUAUCAUGGAACAUUAA